AUGAAACCUUAUAAUAUUAUAAGGAAUUUCAUAGAACUGAAAGCUCACUGGGAAGUAAUUUAUCUUCCGAAACAAAACUUAAAAUCCAAAAUAUUUAAUUUUUACUCAAAAUCUUUAGAUUAAUAUUAGUGUUGUUUAAAUCUUCCGUUUACAAAAGUCUCUAAAAAAAGAUCUUUAAAAAAAGAAUUACAAUCAAUAAAAAGCUUUGAAAAGGAUAUAUUUUAAAUAUAUUUUAUUUAAGACUCUCAAUUUAUAACUUAAAAAGAAACAGUACUAUGA